GGCUGCGGCUGAGGAGGAAGGCCGCCCGCCGGGGGAGCGCCCGCGGCCCGCCCUCCCUCCCGGAGCCAGGACGUCGGUGCAGGAUGCCGGCGCGCUCGGUCCUGCUGGCUGCCGCCUCGGUCCUGUCCGCCUGCCAACAAAGUUAUUUUGCUUUACAUGUAGGAAAGGCAAGAUUAAAAUACAAAGUAACGCCCCCGGCCGUUUCUGGGUCACCAGAGUUUGAGAGGAUGUUCCGUGCACAACAAAACUGUGUGGAGUUUUACCCCAUAUUUCUGGUUACAUUGUGGAUGGCUGGAUGGUAUUUCAAUCAAGUUUUUGCUACUUGUCUCGGUCUGGUGUACAUAUACGCCCGUCACCAGUAUUUCUGGGGAUAUUCAGAAGCAGCUAAGAAAAGGAUCACCGGUUUCCGGCUGAGUCUGGGGUGUCUGGCCUUGCUGACAGUCCUGGGAGCCUUGGGGAUUGCAAACAGCUUUCUGGAUGAAUACCUGGACCUCAAUGUCAUCAAGAAACUGAGACACUUCUAAUGUUCCCCCCCUCCUUUGCCCAAAGGCUUGCAGAAGCUAUUUCCACUCUGAAGGUUAUAUGGGGUCACUUGAUAAAUUUUUAAAAAGAAAAAUCUUUACUUUGUUUUCCUUGAAAUGGCUUUGUAGGAACAUACCCUGUAGAGAAGACAUUUCCUGCUUAAGAAUUAAAGUCGGCUAUGAGGGGAUCGAGCCGUACCCUCAGUGGAA